AAAUGGACGUGUAUUUUUCCUUGCAUGCAUUACUUUAUUUGAAGGGUGAUCUUCGGAUUCCUUUAAAAGCAAGUACCAAGUACAGACUUGUUAAACCUCAAUAGUUUCCAGUUCUGCAUUGUAUCCAUCGAGACAGUCUUCAUGAGCUGAUUCAGAAAAAUUUUAUUGGCAGCCAUUCAGUCUAGAGUAGUGACCGAUGACAAAGGUAUUACAUAAGUGGAAACUCUUGUGAAGGUUAUUGAAACUGCUGGAAUGUUGUCUGAAAGUCGAGCACAAAUACAAGCCUCAGAAGCCAUCUCUUGUGCCUCAGUGAGAUAUGUAUCAGAAAAUCUACAGUUUUCCAGGAUGAAGAACACAAUUUUCCCUCAAGCUUCUUCUCAGCUCAAUGGAUACGGAUCCAACGAGUCCGUUUCUGAUAUCCCUCUACAAAUAGACAGCAAAUUACAUACAUAUGACAGCAACCUUUACACGGAUUCAACUCCACAUAACCAGCACGGAGUAUUCACUAUCUGCUCGCAGUCCCCUACUAUCAACUAUCAAUCAGGGCCAUCCCCAUUAAUGACCAUCAAAAGUCUUGAUUGCCCUCCUCUUGGAGCCAAUCAUUUCGGUACCAAGGCUACCAUGCCUACCUACGACAGCAAUAUUGUUAAGCAGCAGCAAUUGUCCCAUGUUGAAGCGAUUCCUGGACAACCAAAUGAAAUUGGAACAAUAAGAAUUGCAAGGAAGCGUCCAAUUGAAAAUGCUGAUAUGACGAGCAGAAAAAGCCCUGAAACUAUAGCAGGCAACAGACCACCCUUCCAUACUGAAUGGACGGCAAAUAAGAAGAUGGCAGUUUGUUUCCAAGAUCAUCAAGUCCCCAAGGAAGUUAAAGAAGUUCUGAAAGAUAGAGUGCCUGUGAGGAGAAGCCAGAAGUUGGCUGACAAGAUCACGGCUCUUCAAAAACUGGUGUCUCCAUAUGGUAAGACUGAUACUGCCUCGGUGCUUCACGAGGCUUCAGUGUUUAUCAAGGUUCUUCAAGAUCAAAUAGAGAAUACUUUCAACAGGGUAAGAAGUACUUCUAUGGACCACGAAUAUUCUCAAUCAAAGAUCACCGGAGAGAGCCAAUUUGAUCUACGUAGCAUGGGGUUUUGUUUGGUUCCAGUUUCACUGACUCGGAAUCUCAUCAGGGAGGAUGCUUUCAAUCCCUACUCUACGGCAAACACUAGCCUUCACAGAAUACUUUGACACAUUUUUAAUUAGUUUCACCAGUUUUUAGUUUUACUCCCAACCAUCUUGUCCUUUCCUAUUUCAUUUUCGAAUAUAUCCACAGAUUUCAAGUAAUGAAAAUCUUAUCUGCAGCGGUAAUGCAUUGAUCUUGUACUA